GCGCGCGACGUUGACGAGUUGUCUGCAGUCAAAGAUGGCGGUGCGGAAGAAAGACGGCGGCCCGAAUGUAAAAUAUUUCGAAGCGUCUGAUACCGUUUCUCAGUUUGAUAAUGUCCGCGUCUGGCUGGGAAAGAAUUACAAGAAGUACAUCCAGGCCGAGCCCCCCACCAACAAGUCUCUGUCCAGCCUGGUGGUCCAGCUGCUGCAGUUCCAGGAGGAGGUGUUCGGUCGACAUGUCAGCAACCCUCCGCUCACCAAGCUGCCAAUGAAGUGUUUUCUGGACUUCAAGUCAGGAGGGGCUCUCUGCCACAUCCUGGCAGCUGCCUACAAGUUCAAGAGUGACCAAGGAUGGCGCAGGUUUGACUUCCAGAAUCCGUCGAGGAUGGACCGAAAUGUAGAGAUGUUCAUGACUAUUGAGAAGUCCUUAGUUCAAAACAACUGCCUUAGCAGGCCAGUCAUCUACCUGAGCUCCGACAUAGAGCCAAAACUGCUCGGGAAACUGAAGGACAUUAUAAAAAGACAUCAGGGAUCUGUAACUGAGGAAAAGGCCUCCGGCUCUCAUGUUGUUGUUUCUAUUCCCACCAGCCUGGAGGAAGAAGAGUGGGUGCGUCCAGUGAUGAAGAGAGAUAAGCAAGUGCUCCUUCACUGGGGAUAUUUCCCAGACAGUUAUGAUACCUGGAUCCAAGCAAGUGAGAUUGAGGCUUCUGUGGAGGAUCCUCCGAGCCCAGAAAAGCCGAGGAAGGUCCAUGCCAAGUGGAUUUUAGACCUGGACCAGUACAACGAAUGGAUGAAUGAGGAGGACUAUGAGGUGGGCGAGGGGUGCCCAAAGAGGAAGAGGAUCUCAGCCAAGACGCUGACAGAUGAGGUGACCACUUCAGACGAGCGGAGGGACAAGAAGCCCGGCAGCGCCAAGAAGAGGAAGAGGUCGCCGUCGCCGUCCCCCACUCCUCCGCCUCAGGAGAGCAAGAAGAAGAAUACCAAAAAAGGGCCAACGACCCCGUACGCCAAGUCAAAACGGGGCCAAAGGGAAGAGGAACAGGAGGAUCCUAGCAAAGACCUGGAUGAAGCAUCACCUGUUCCUGCAUCGGAAGAGGGAAACCCACCUAAAACCAAUAGCACCAAGAAGGACUCUGAUUCAACUCCAGUCAAAGGCGGAACAGAAAUUGAAGAGCAAGAGGAUGAGUCCAUGGAAACAACAGGCAAGGAGGAGGAGGAAGGCUCUGCGAGCGUGAAGGGGGAACCAGUGAAAGGCUCCGACCUCCACGAGGACAAUGUGACCGAGCAAACUCAUCACAUUAUUAUACCGAGCUACGCUGCCUGGUUUGACUACAACAGUGUUCAUGCCAUUGAGCGCAGAGCCCUGCCCGAGUUUUUCAAUGGGAAGAACAAAUCGAAAACCCCAGAGAUUUACCUGGCGUACAGGAACUUCAUGAUUGACACAUACCGGCUGAACCCUCAGGAAUAUCUGACAUCCACGGCCUGUCGCAGAAACCUGGCAGGAGACGUGUGUGCAAUCAUGAGAGUGCACGCCUUCCUGGAGCAGUGGGGCCUCAUCAAUUACCAGGUUGACUCUGAGAGCCGACCCACACCCAUGGGUCCCCCACCCACUUCUCACUUCCACGUCCUUGCAGACACUCCGUCCAGUCUGGUGCCCCUGCAGCCCAAGACGUCCCAGACGCCUGCUACCCAGCAGAUGAUGUCCUUCCCAGAUAAAGUAAAGGAGAAACCAGCAGAUCUGCAGAACUUUGGUUUGCGGACUGACAUGUACAGCAAGAAGCCCUGUUCUGCAAAGAGCAAGAACACAUCGAGCUCUAUGAGGGAGUGGACAGAGCAGGAAACACUGCUACUGCUUGAGGGGUUGGAGAUGUACAAAGACGACUGGAACAAGGUUUCAGAGCACGUGGGGAGCCGUACGCAGGAUGAGUGCAUCCUGCACUUCCUGCGACUGCCCAUUGAAGACCCUUAUUUAGAGGACAACUCGUCGUCCCUGGGGCCGCUGUCCUACCAGCCGGUACCUUUCAGCCAGGCAGGAAACCCUGUCAUGAGCACAGUGGCCUUCCUCGCCUCUGUCGUCGACCCACGUGUUGCCUCUGCUGCAGCCAAAUCUGCCCUGGAGGAGUUUUCUCGUAUGAAGGAGGAGGUCCCUGCAGCGCUGGUUGAGGCUCACGUGCGGAGGGUGGAGGAGGCAGCGAGGGUCAGCGGGCGCCAGGAUCCGCUGUAUGGCUUGGAGGGUAGUGGCAUUGCAGGCACCGGCCUGGAGGAGGGAGAGAGACCUGAUGAAAGCAGCGAUGAAAGUAAGAGUGACAACCAACCAAGUGAAGAGAAGAGGGAGUCCAAGGAGAGCAAAGAUGGAGCAACCGAGGAAGAGGAGAAACAGUCAGAGAAUGGGAAGAAGGAAGAAGAAAGAGGAAGAGAUGCAGAAGCAGAGAGGGAGACGGACAAAACAGAGGCAGAGAUUGGUAAUGGGAAGAAGGUGAAGGAUGGAAAAGAGGGCACAGAGGAAGGACAAAGAGAAGCAGAGAGUGAAGGAGAGAGGAAAGCUAAGGUGGAGCAUGAUAUUGGAGAGGGGAACCUUGCCACUGCUGCUGCGUCUGCACUCGCUGCUGCAGCUGUCAAAGCCAAGCAUCUGGCUGCAGUUGAAGAGAGGAAGAUUAAAUCUCUUGUGGCCCUGCUGGUGGAGACCCAAAUGAAGAAACUGGAGAUUAAACUUCGACACUUUGAAGAACUGGAAACCAUAAUGGACAGAGAGAGGGAGGCCUUGGAGUACCAGCGUCAGCAGCUGCUGGCCGACCGUCAGUCCUUCCACAUGGAACAGUUGAAAUAUGCCGAGAUGAGGGCCCGCCAGCAGCACUUCCAGCAGAUUCAGCACCAGCAGCACAGCCAGGCCGGAGGCCCCCACGCCAACCAGGCCGCCCCAGCACCAGCCCCAGCACCCCUCACCGCCAGUCAGCAGGCACCCAACACACCGGCACCGCAGCCGGCCCCCAGUCCCGCACCUCCAUCCUCAUCCUCCGCCUCGGCCCCUGAGUCCCAACCCCCUCAGGGGGCUCACAACUCGCCCCCCUGCCCUCCAGGCGCGACCCCGGCUCCCCAUUCAAGCUCCAGCUCCAGCACUACUCCUGUACUCCAUGAACCGACCCCCCCCCUUCCUGGGGAAACGCUACACCCUUCAGCUCCAGUCCCUCCUCCACAGUGAGAGAAUCAUACAUAGCUUGAGAAUCCGAAUGACUCUGACCACUCGGUACCAUCUCAAAUGAAGAAGUCAUAAACCCGAAGAACAACACAUUUUACAUGUUCAGAUCCUUUUUCUUUUUUUUUUCAACAAGACAAUUGAUGCAAGGAAGAAAAAAUGAUACAGUAUUGAUUAAACCAGCUCUACUUUAAGUUUCUGUUGAAAAAUAUGUCCUUUUUUAAAUUGUAUCUGCCUAUGAAGAAAAUGAAGCUGUUCAUCCUGUGCAUUUGAUUGGACAGCAACAUCUCACCAACCGGUGAACUAAGAGGCUCUUACCAACAUGUUGCCAAUCAAGGAAAGAAGACGAAACUCAUCCUGCGUUUUCAGUGUUUUGGCAAUUGUUGCAUGUAUUUUCUGCAACAGCUUGUGAAGUUUGUGCUUCACAAUGUCUCCAGAGCCCCCCGUCCCCCGUGUACUGUAGGUACUAAGUAAAAUAUAUGUAAGACAGAAAUGCACUUUUAACAUGUUUCCCGAGGUCUAAUUACAAGACUUGAAGCAUCAAUGAAAUUUAACUUCAGCACUUAUAUCAUCCUUUUGUUGUCUUAAAUACUUUUUCAUACUGAAAGAUUUGAAAACUUGAUUGGAAAUGUUACUUUUCCGCUCAGAUCUAAUUUGUUUUACACGGACAAACAGUCACCACAGGGUCUGGCCCAGAUGUUUAAAACUAGAGAAAUGUCUGUUAUGAACAAAAAAAAAUAAAAAAUCAGAAGCCAAUUGUAAACAAAGUUGGUUUGGAUGCAGUUUGAGACGAUGUACUGUAAACAGGAUUUUUUUGUUACAAACACAUCUUGUGUCGCCUGGUAAUGAUACUAUUUGAAAGUUCUGACAGCAUGAACCCAUCAUCCUGUGGGGACUUCUCUUGAUAUAUAUCGUCCUCCCGUUCAACAGCACUUAAGGAAUAACAUGUCAGCGAUUAGCUUCGUGUUUUUCAAAUGUGGAUGAACUGAAGCAUCCAGGAGUUUGUGAGGAAUGUAGUUUUUUUGUUCAAAAGGAGUGAUUGAAAGUUUGGGAAUGACGCAAGUGACCGCAGUGACCGAGUAUUUUAUUAAUAAUUUGACUUUGUGUUAAUUGCUCAACCAAAAUGUUUUAUAAUCAUGUUUAUCUCCAUUUAUUCAGUGAGUUGAAUUGUGGUUGUUUGGGAAAUUGAGAAGUUUUUUUUAGCAGCUUGUUUUUCUCUGGUGCAUUUCAAGUCACACUCGGAGGAAAUGUGAAGCCUGUCGGAAAACAAGGGAGCUCGCACCUUAAACAGCUGACAAUGGAGAAUUAUGUCCUUAAUAUCUGCAACAAUAUCCUCACUUUUUAUCCUAUCAAUUUCUAUAUUUUUUACUUUCUGUUUUUCCAUCUCCUUUCUAUGAUAUGUCGGCGUUGUACCUGUAUAUUAUUACAUUUGUAGCUUAUAUCUACCCUCUUCACUUGUGUAUGAAUUAGGCGGGUUUGUUGGUCUUGAGAUGUGACUGUGAGCAUUUGUGUAUGUGACCGCAUGCCAUUAAGAUCUGUAAACAACAUUACCGUUCAGUUUUAUUUCCAGUGCCAUUCGUCGUGUGCCACAGGGUUCGAAGGAUUGAAACGUCUUCCUUUUGCACACGACACGUCACGCCAUUGUCAUGAAGUAUAAUCCAGUCAGAAGGUGAAACUUUACAGUUAAUGUCCGUCAAGCCAGUAUUGCAGACCUCAUCGUAGUUGUGAGCGUAAAAGGACUUAUUUUAUCUGUGUUAUUACUACAUUCUGUGGAUUUUGUGAUAUGAAAUAAGUGUGUGUUGAGUUUCUGUAUGUUUUUCACUAUGCUGAAGGUAGCAGCAAUUGCAUUGAUUAUUAUACAGUAGAAUCAAUUUUUCCUCAAUAAGUCAUCACAUUCUGACUGACAGUUACUCUGACAGUUUGUAUUCAACAGAGAUGCAUAACAAAAAGGUUCAGGUUUUAAUUACAAAAUGUUGGAAAAAAAUAAAGAUGUGAAGAGGA